CUAUCGAACCCCACCUAAUCUAACAUACGAAUACAUUUGGUCUCCCCAAAAUGCUGGGAAUUUCGUACGGGGAGCUCUUCCUCUUGCUUGGAGCAACAGCUGCUCUAAUUGGUCCAAAGGAUCUCCCUGUUAUCGCGAGAACUGCAGGGAGGUUAGCCGGCAGAGCAAUUGGAUAUGUUCAAUUGGCUCGUGGACAGUUCGAAAAUGUUUUGCAGCAGUCUCAGGCUAGGCAGGUCCACAAAGAACUGCAAGACACAAUUGCUCAACUUGAAGCAAUUCGUUAUGAAAUACGGAGCAUAUCCAUCAUGAAUCCUGGUCCAUUGACUCGUAGGCUGAUGGAUAAUACGGAGAUUUCACCUUCUAGUAAUGAUGGCAAUAUUGUGCCUGAGAAGAUUGGUGGAGAAAACAAGUCAAUAAAUGCCAUCAGAAAGGAUUCUUCUCCAACAACUUCAGGUUCGGCUGAUUUGCAGAGUCAAGCAACUGCUUAUGCAAGAUUGGCUGAGUCUGCUGCUAUUCAAACUGGUUCCUUAAAGAUUGGAGAUGUAGAGAAGCUUAAUGGUGAAGAUGAUCUUUUCACUGUUCUUCCUGUCUCUGCUGAAAGCACGGGAUUGCUACCUAAGCAUAAGGUCUCUGGCAUGGCUAAUAACCCGCCCGAAGGCCUAGGUGACGAUUUCUUCGAACAGAUCCUCUCAAUUCCUUACACGGGAAACGACUCUACUUUGGUGGGAAAUGACGGGAAUUUGGCGGGAACUGCCGGUUCGAUGGUUCUGCAACUUAGCUCCGGCGACGGGUCUGGUCAUGUUGCCGGAAGUGGGUUCCAGGGAACCGUUUUCCCUCUGGGAUUGAGCUUGGAGCAGGCGAAAAGCGGUUUUGUGAAGCCGGAGGAGGCAUCGGGAAGUGGUAAGCGGUUUCGGGAGGAGGUUGACGGAAAAGCUUCUUCUGGAAAAAACGAUAGAGAUUCCGUGCAUUUGACGAAUCUGUUUCCGGCGUUUGGACAUGUACAGCCACACCAAGUUCGGCCUGCUGCGCCUCAGGUCCACCAGCCAUUUCAUGGCCAACCCACAGCAAGCACAGUUGCCAGUGUGCCACACCAGCCUGCCAUCCGGCCAAGAGUAAGGGCUAGACGAGGGCAAGCUACAGAUCCUCACAGUAUUGCUGAGAGGUUACGCAGAGAAAGGAUAGCUGAAAGAAUGAAGGCUUUGCAGGAACUUGUUCCUAGCUCAAACAAGACAGAUAGGGCAGCCAUGCUUGAUGAAAUUGUGGAUUAUGUGAAGUUCCUCAGACUCCAGGUUAAGGUUUUAAGCAUGAGCAGACUGGGAGGAGCUGGUGCAGUGGCACAACUUGUAGCUGACAUCCCACUAACCUCAGUUGAGGGAGAAGGCAGUGAAGGCGGAAGCAGCCAACGAGCAUGGGAGAAAUGGUCAACAGACGGAACAGAAAGGCAAGUGGCAAAGCUCAUGGAAGAAGAUGUUGGAGCUGCGAUGCAAUUUCUCCAAUCCAAGGCACUUUGCAUCAUGCCUAUAUCACUGGCCACUGCAAUUUACCACGCGCACCCACCAGAGGCCCCAACGGCUGUGAAGCCCGAGUCAAACACCCCUUCAUAGAUGUCAAAAAGGGGUGCAUAUUUGCAUGUGCCCAUCGACGACUGCCCACAUACAUGGUUCCAGGUCCUACCUCUCUUAAUGCUCUGAUUCUGACCCCACCCGGUGCUUGUCACUACUCGGAAUGGUAUAACAAGUAACAAUCCCCCAGCAUUGCAAUCAAACUCAGAUACCAUAAUUGCACUUUUGCCUUUGUUUUCUCAGUUUUGUCAAACAGGAUUUGAUGUCAUGCCUAGAAAGAAAAACUAGAGGCACUUCUUUUGUCCUGCCAGUCUAGAAUGAAGGGAAGGAGUGUCAAAGCUCUUUCCUUUCUCGUCUCUUUUUCUUUUUUUGUGCUCCUUUUUUCCCCCACUGGAGGAGGGAGCCAUAGUGGUGGAUGACCAGAAUACUUUUGUGGUGGGGACUGUCUUUUUUUUUAUAGUGGAUGGUGGGACACUCUAAAAGGGAGGAUGGGCACAUUGGUGUAUGUAAUUAUAAUAUAUUCUGAAAAAAUGGAAUGAAAGUUGAAAUGGAUAAUGGCCGKUCGUUUUCAGAAAGUUGCCUUGGAAGGUUGUAGUCUUAUUUGAAAUCAUUUCUGCUUCUCGUUUUGUUUCGUGGGGUGAGUGGGAUGUGUUUUCAUUUUUUUUAUUUGUUGCUUGUUUAAACUAAACCAAUACUCCUUUUCUAUUCUCAUGA